GCGUCGUCAGUGACGGGCGGCCGGAUAUGACGGAGGUGGCGUGUUGACUUGACUAACUGCCUUCCUAUACCGUCAACAUGGCGCCUAUGUUGGGACCGCUGAAAUGCGGGUUUUACUUUGAAAGACGAAAAUUAGCGCUUCUCCUACGACAGACGAGCUCGUAUCACAUUUGGAGUCAAAGUCACAAUGUAAACGGCACCAACUAUAAACGUCACAGUACAUAUACGUUGAGUUCGCUUCCGCACUUACAGACGGCUACAUGGAGCACCAACAGAAACAAAAACUGUCGGAUUUUGGGCGCAGUAAAACAUCUGCAGGUGACCGACAAACGAACAUGUUGGCACGGACAUGCAGGAGGAAAGCUAAAUGCCGAUCCAAAAAAUGUGCUGAAAGAGGUGAAUUCAACCCAGAUCCUAUCUGCGAUGAUGUCUUACGUAUGGCCAAAGGACAGACCAGAUCUGCGGGCCCGUGUUGCCAUUUCUCUGGGACUGCUUGCUGGAGCCAAGAUCACCAAUGUGACUGUGCCCUUCAUGUUUAAGUAUGCAGUGGACGAGCUUAACCAGAUGUCAGGACACAUGCUGAACCUGAAUGACGCGCCAAGCACUGUGGCUACCAUGGCAACGGCCGUGUUGAUUGGCUAUGGCGUCUCACGGGCUUGUGCGGCCUUUUUCAAUGAGCUGAGGAACACUGUGUUCGGCAAGGUGGCCCAGAGCUCCAUCCGCCGUAUUGCCAAAAACGUCUUCCUCCACCUGCACAAUCUGGACCUGGGUUUCCAUCUCAACCGCCAGACAGGUGCGCUGUCCAAGGCCAUCGACCGUGGCACACGGGGCAUCUCCUUUAUCCUCAGUGCCAUUGUGUUCAAUCUUGGACCCACAAUCUUUGAGAUGGGCCUUGUCAGUGCCAUUUUGUUUUACAAAUGUGGUGGACAGUUUGCUGCUCUAGCCUUGGGCACCUUAUCAACAUACACCCUUUUCACCAUUCUCAUCACUCAGUGGAGGACUCGUUUCCGAAUAGAAAUGAACAAAGCAGACAAUGAAGCAGGAAACGCAGCUAUUGACUCCCUUCUCAACUAUGAGACUGUUAAGUACUUCAACAAUGAAAAGUAUGAAGCUGAAAGGUAUGAUGGAUUCCUGAAGACUUAUGAGUCAUCCUCUUUAAAAACCACAUCUACACUUGCCAUGCUCAACUUUGGCCAGAGUGUCAUCUUCAGCAUGGGACUCACGGGCAUUAUGUUGCUUGCCAGCAAGGGCAUUGCAGCAGGUACGAUGACUGUGGGAGACCUGGUGAUGGUGAAUGGCCUGCUCUUCCAGCUCUCACUGCCGCUCAACUUCCUGGGUACAGUGUACAGAGAGACCAGACAGGCCCUGAUAGACAUGAACACUCUGUUCACUCUGCUCAGCGUUGACACAAUGAUUAAGGAGAGGGAUCUCGCCCCGCCUUUGGCUGUCACACCACAGGAGGCCACCAUCCGUUUUGAAGACGUUUAUUUUGAAUACCUGGAGGGCCAGAAAGUCUUAAAUGGAGUGUCCUUCGAUGUGCCUGCUGGGAAGAAGGUGGCCAUCGUCGGUGGCAGCGGAUCUGGGAAGAGCACCAUUGUGCGCCUGUUGUUCCGCUUCUUUGAGCCUCAGCGGGGGAACAUCUACAUAGCAGGGCAGAAUAUCCGAGACGUCAGCCUUGACAGCCUGAGGAAAGCUUUGGGGGUUGUACCUCAGGAUGCUGUUCUGUUCCACAACACCAUCUACUACAACCUGCAGUAUGGGAACAUCCACGCUUCACCAGAGGAGGUUUACCAAGUGGCACGUCUAGCAGGCAUCCAUGACGCUAUACUCAGGAUGCCCCAUGGCUAUAACACCCAGGUUGGGGAGCGGGGCCUCAAGCUGUCAGGAGGGGAGAAGCAACGUGUUGCCAUCGCCCGUGCAAUACUCAAGAACCCACCGAUUCUCCUGUAUGACGAAGCAACAUCCUCCCUUGACUCCAUAACAGAAGAGAACAUCCUGAGUUCAAUGAAGGAGUUGGUGAAGGACAGGACAUCAGUGUUCAUCGCCCACAGGCUCUCCACUAUUGUGGACGCCGACGAGAUUAUUGUGCUGAAUGAGGGUAAAGUGGCAGAGCGAGGGGAUCACCACAGCCUCCUCAGCACCCCAGGCAGCUUGUAUGCUGAUCUGUGGAACACCCAGCACAAUAAAAUCCUGAACAGCGGCAAGGGCUCGCCCCAGCCGCCGGUUGAGCGCCUCUCCCAGAAGGAGGAGGAGAGAAAGAAAUUGCAGGAGGAGAUUCUCAACAGUGUGAAGGGAUGUGGCAACUGUUCCUGUUGAGAAGAGCUGCCUCCACUGUGUCUGUUCAUCCCUCUCAGAUGCCCUAUACUGGUCUGUGGAGUAUUG